GUUGAAAAAAGUUAAAAAAGAAAAAAACCUUAAAACAAUUUUGAAAAAAAACAUGUAAAGAAUUGUUCUUCCAGAUAGUAAAAUUAUAAAGUUAUAGUAAAUUUAACUGCAUUGUGGGCAGAAGGGUAACAUUCCAGUGGAAUAAUGAGAAUACACUGCUUAUAAAUAAAUGGUCACUUGAUGUUUGAUAAAGAUGUCAUCAUAAGGGGCUGGGGAUUUAGCUCAGCAGCAUAAGCGCUCAUCCUAAGUCAGUGAAGGAGGCUGGAUUAUUUAUUCAGUUGUACUGGAAUACUUGGUUAUGUAAAUAUAGGAAAUCAUUGGAAGCUUGCCCUGUACGCAGUCCAAAAAGUAAAUUCCACAUAAUAAAGACCUGUGUAUGAACUACUUGAAAAAGAAAACUUAAAAAAUGCCACUGUGGGCCAUGGCGAUGAGCAGCAGCGGCGAUGGUGGCUGCGUCCCAGAGCAGGAAAACUCGGUGCUGUUUCGGCGCGGGACAGGCCAGAGUGAUGACUCUGACAUUUGGGAUGAUACAGCAUUGAUAAAAGCUUAUGAUAAAGCUGUGGCUUCCUUUAAGUACGCUCUAAAGAAUGGUGACAUUUCAGAUAAACCACAAGGAGAAAUGUCCGGCAAACCGAAGGGCACACCCAGAAGAAAACCUGUUAAGAAGAGUAAAAGCCAGAAGAAGAAUACCACAGCUCCCUCAAAACAGUGGAAAGUGGGUGACAGGUGUUCUGCUGUUUGGUCAGAAGAUGGCUGCAUUUAUCCAGCUACAAUCGCUUCUGUGGAUUUGAAGAGAGAAACCUGUGUUGUGGUCUAUACUGGAUAUGGAAACAGGGAGGAACAAAAUCUGUCUGAUCUACUUUCCCCAAGCUCUGAAGCAGCCAACAACAUGGAACAGAACACGCAGGAGAAUGAAAAUGGAAGUCAAGUUUCAACGGAUGAAAGUGAGAACUCUUCCAAGUCUCCAGGAAGCAAACCAAGUACGGUCAGGUCGAAAGCCACACCCUGGAACUCCUUUUUCCCUCCGCCACCACCCCCCGUUCCUAGCUCAGGAUCUGGACCUGGAAAGCCAGGUCUAAAAUUCAGUGGCCUACCCCCACCCCCACCACCUCCACACUUCCUGUCAUGCUGGCUGCCUCCAUUUCCGGCUGGACCUCCAAUGAUCCCCCCGCCGCCUCCCAUCUGUCCAGACUCGUUUGAUGAUGCAGACGCACUGGGCAGCAUGCUGAUGUCGUGGUACAUGAGUGGCUAUCACACUGGCUACUACAUGGGUUUCAGACAAAAUCAAAAAGAAGGGAGGAGCUCACAUUUUAAUUGAAGAUCCACCUAGGGCCUUGCACGCUCUACCUAAGCACACAUUCUGUCGGUGACCUACAUCCCAGCUCCCAAGCAUUCCAGCUACCAGUGUGGAGUCCUUGCUUGGACUCAGCCGUCUGUAAAAGCCUUGGGGUGGGGACUGUAGGAAUCUGGAUACAGUUGUAGGCUGGAUCUUCAGUAUUCAAUUAUUCCUUACUUUAUGAGCUGUGAAAAAGUUUUGUCAUUUAUAGAAGAUUGUCUUCAUUUGUGUCCUAGAGGACUCAGGAGUGAAAUGUUAGUUUCCUUGAAUAAAUUGAAAUUGUUUAGCAAA